AUGCGUCCCGCGCACUUUGCCGACCAGGUCAUCCAGGCCGAAAAGGCAAACGAUGGCCACCAGCUCGCCCAGCUCUUUGCCAUCGGUGGGCCCAUCUCGCACGCCGUCCUGCUCGAGCUCGGCGACCCGAGGCCCAACAAGAUCCUGCUGAGCCUGCGCAAGUGCGCCGGCUACCUCGCCUCGCCGUGGGAAGAGAUAUGCCAGAGCCACCUGCUAUCCGUCUACUUUCUCUCGCUCUCCAACACCUUCCACGGCGCCUACUCGUCGGACGCCACCGACUCCGAGGGCAAGACGCGCGCCGAGCGCCUCGCCGACUCGUUUGACGCAAUGAACACCGCCGUCACGGCGUUUCUGCGCCACUUUUCCACGCUCCAGGCGGGCAGGUGGGCGCUGCCCCUCUUCCGCAUCCUUCUCCUCAACCUGCGCUGGCUCGCCAUCCAGGCAGACACGGCCGCCAACCCGCCGCCGCCGCCGCCAGCCGCGACUUCGGCCCGCCCGGGCGCGCUCUCGGGCGGCGCUGCCACCUCGUCGGCCGUCGCUGCCGUCAAUGCGCAGGAGACGAGGACGUCGUCGACGGCCAACAAGCGCCUCGAAGAGUGCGCGCGCCAGCUCAACAAGGCCUUUACCGCCUGCAUCGCCGACCGCAACCCGGACAUGGCCGAGAGCCGCAAGUGGGGCACGUACGAGGUGGUCGGCAUGGUCUUCAAGACCUACUUCAAGUUGAAGUCCAUCUCGCUCUGCAAAAACAUCCUCCGCGCCAUUUCGGCAGCGGCACUGCCGCCGCUGGAAGAGUUCCCGCGGGCGCACCAGGUCACGUUCCGAUACUAUGUCGGCGUGCUGGCGUUCCUGGGCGAGGAGUAUGCAAAGGCCGAUACGGAGCUCACCUUCGCCUUUGCAAACUGCCACUGCCGGGCGACGAGGAAUCAAGAGCUGAUACUGAGCUACCUGAUCCCGACGCGCCUCGUCCUCGGCGUGAUGCCGACACCGGCGCUGCUCGCGCGCUUCCCGCGCCUCUCGGCGCUCUACACGCCCUUGCUCACCUCGUUCGCGAGGGGGGACGUGCAGACGUUCGAUGCGCACCUCGCGACGCCCGAGGUCGAGAAGCGGCUCGUGUCGCGCGGCGUCUUCCUCUCGAUUGAGCGCGCGCGCGAAGGCUGUCUGCGCUCGCUCUUCCGGCGCGUCUGGAUCGCAAAGGACCGCGCGACGCGCAUCCCCGUCGACGACUUCUGGCGCGCCCUCGCCUUUGUUGGCGUGCGCGUCGAUAAAGAGGAGGCCGAGUGGCUCGUCGCUGGCUUGGUUUACAAGGGCUACAUGAAGGGCUACAUAGCGCACGAGCGGGGCAUCGUGGUUCUCAGCGCAAAAGAGGCUUUUCCCAAGCUGGGCUCCUUUACCGUCGUAUCCACCUAG